CGCCGCGCUCUGCGUAAUACGGCGCAAGGCGCCGUGCGGCGGCCAGGAUGGAGGAGGCCGGAGCGGCGGUGGCCACGGCCGGGGAGGCCGAACUGAACUGGUCCCGCCUCAGCGUGGCCCCCGAGACGCUGGAGUCGGAGCUGGAGGCGCGGAAGGAGGAGCGGCGGGGCGCGCGGGAGGCGGUGUUGCGGUUGCUGCUGCCUCACAACCAUCUGGUGUCGCUGCCGCGGGCUCUGGGCAGUGGCUUCCCGCACCUCCAGCUGCUGGACGUGAGCGGUAACGCGUUGACCGCGCUCGGGCCGGAGCUGCUGGCGCUGAGCGGCUUGCGCACGCUGCUGGCCAAGAACAACCGGCUCGGCGGGCCCGGAGCGCUCCCCAAGGGUCUGGCCCAGUCGCCGCUCUGCCGCAGCCUCCAGGUGCUCAACCUCAGCGGCAACUGCUUCCAGGAGGUGCCCCCCUCGCUGCUGGAGCUGCGCGCGCUGCAGACCCUCAGCCUGGGCGGCAACCAGCUACAGAGCAUCCCGGCCGAGAUCGAGAACUUGCGGAGUUUAGAAUGUCUGUAUCUCGGAGGAAACUUUAUCAAAGAAAUCCCACCAGAAUUAGCAAAUCUGCCUUCUCUGAAUUACUUGGUGUUAUGUGACAACAAAAUUCAAAGUGUGCCUCCUCAGCUUUCACAGUUGCAUUCACUUCGUUCCCUCAGUCUUCACAAUAACUUGCUGACAUACCUGCCUCGAGAGAUCCUCAACCUUAUUCAUUUGGAAGAGUUGAGUUUACGAGGAAAUCCAUUGGUUGUUCGUUUUGUUAGAGAUUUAACCUAUCAUCCUCCAACUCUCCUGGAAUUAGCUGCGCGGACCAUUAAGAUCCGAAAUAUUUCCUACACUCCCUAUGAUCUUCCUGGGAAUCUUCUUAGAUACUUGAGUUUAGCCAGCAAUUGCCCAAACCCAAAGUGUGGAGGAGUCUACUUUGACUGCUGUGUCAGACAAAUUAAAUUUGUGGACUUCUGUGGAAAGUAUCGCCUCCCACUGAUGCACUACCUGUGUUCACCAGAAUGUUCUUCUCCUUGCAGUUCUGCCUCUCACAGCUCCACAUCCCAGAGCGAAUCUGACUCAGAAGACGAAGCUAGUGUUGCCGCACGCAGAAUGCAGAAAGUUCUACUUGGUUGAACAAGAGUGCAGGGUGGUGUGAAAUACUGAAAAACUGAGCAAAGAUGGUUAGAGAGAAAGCUUUACGUUCACUAGAAGCCUUAUCUUCAUCUUAAUUGUCCACGAAAGAGUCGGGAAUGAUGUAAAAGAUUUUGUGUUUCAUCUACCCAUUCAGUAGGAAUGAGUCCAAUUCCAUGUUUGGAUUCUUUGAAUAUAAUUUACUCUGAAUGGCAGUAAUUUGGCUGAUUGUUUGCAAUUUUCACUCAAAUUUGGCAUGAAUCACACACCAGAAUGGUAUAUUCUGAAGAGCAGUGCUAUAAUAAGCCAUGAAUAGUGUAACUUGUGGCAGUUGAGAUGAAGAAAGUGAGAAAUUAUCAAAGCCAUAAUUAUUACCAGACUUGUCCUUGGGUUUAGGUUGAACACUGUGCUACACACAGGAUUAGCCCUCCCAUCUUAUAUUGCUCAUAUGUUUAGAUUACAGAGCUAUUCGAUAAGUUCAGAGAUGGUUACAUAGGACCUAAGCCUUUCUAACCAACUAACUGGUAAAAUAAGGGAUAUAACUUUUAAGUGGAAUAUUAAAACUUUUCUGUUCUGAUUGUUUGUUCUAUAUGAUUGUUAUUAACCUUAUGUAAUCCAGCAGUGACUGCUACAGUGCCUUAAUCCUAGCAAGGAUAUAGAAACUUAUUCAAGAAAUAAUGCCAGAGCAACCUGUAACCAGACUUAUUAUGCAGAACACUAAAAUAUGCUUUUUUUUUUUUUGGUGGCUGGCCGGUAUGGGGAUCCAAACCCUUGACCUUGGUGUUAUCAGCGUAAAAUAUGCUUUAACAGAGCUAGGUAAACAACUAUAUAUCUAACGUCUGAGCUCAUGGCCACCUUAACAUCACUUUUUUGUUUAAAUGUGCAAUGAUCCCUUGUAAGUGAAUUACUUUUACACUUAAUGGGAGGCCACAAUCUGGAUCAGUCUGUUCAUAAGCUGUAAUAAUAGUUUUUGAUGGAAAAAUCUAGAAGAGGUAUAAACUAGGAAAGCUUCUUUAUAUCUUGCAUUAAAUGAGUGGGCAAAAAGUUUAGAAUUCUUAAGAGUCAAAUAUGACUCCUUUGCUUAUAUACUGAACUGUAACUUUAUAUGUUUUAAAGAAAAACUACUACAACUAGAAAAACAUAACAAGCCAAAUAAAAUUGGGGCAGGAGGCACUGUGUUUAUUAUACACGAUAGAACAGUUAUAAAACUAGUUUAACCAUGAAUUUUUUUGAAGAUGAAGUAUUGAUCAAUAGAAAAAAAAGUAUUAAAUAUAUUGUAUCCUUAAGUAUAGCAGAAAAAUAGUUUCACAAAUGAAUUGCCAUUAGAAAUUACAAAAUUUUUAUUAAUUAGUUUAAUAUGCAAUAGAAAAUGAAUAACAGUACAAACUAUAAGUUGAUAUUAUAAAAUAAUAUAGAAUAAUUCUUACAGGUAAUCAUUAGAUAACCCACCUAUAACAACAUGAUGGUUUGUUGGUAAAUGUUAAAUAUGCAGUAAUGUACAAGUCAGAUAUACAUUAGAACAUCAGAUGAUCUCUUCUGACUUCUGACAUUCAUGACUGGGCACAUCAUUUCUUGAAAGCAAGUAUUUGUAUAAUGAUAUAUACAUAUGUUAGGUUUUUUUCAUAUAUAGUAUAUUUUUACUUUAGAAGAAAAUAUAGUACAGGAUAAUUCAGGGUUUGUGUGUUUAUCUGUACGUUAAUUCAUGAAACAUGAGAGUUUCAUGAACUGCAGUCGUGAGACGCUGCUAUAGAGUGAAUCCCUUUACCUUCACCUUGUUAAAAUGUAGUAAGAUUCUUUUGUUGUUUUCUUUUGUUCUGUUUUGUUUUUGGUUCUGGCUGGCAUGGGGAUCCAAACCUUUGACGUUGGUGUUGUCAACACCACACUCUCCCAAGUGAGCCACCAGCCAGCACCUUUUUCCCUUUUGACUCAGAAACUUUCUACAUCUAUAGAAUUAAUCUGUUUCUCCUGCCUAGCAGAGUAGUACAUGGAUGAUUAUAUCAUAAAAUGGAAGUAAUAAAGUCUGCUUAUUUCUCCAUGUGAGCCACAGCAAACUGCAAACUGCAAAAUUGUGAAAAGUAAAGAUGACUUAGGCGGUACCUAUGUGACAACCUAAAAUGUUUUGUAGGUGACUGACUUACAAAACAUUAAGGUACAUGAUGUAUUUUCAUAGAAUACAGUGUAUUCAUACUAAAAUAUUCAAAUUGUUAGGACCAAAUUUUUCUGGCUUAAAUGCUUCUGCUCAUUUCCUAGUUGAUUAGUAGCUUACUCAAGUAACAGCUUGAGUAGUUCUUUAAGAGUUAAUUUUUGUAACAUAAAUGGGUAGGUGUAUAAAUAUAGUACUUCACUUUACAUACCCUUCCCAGCUUCCUAGAAAGAAGCUAUACUUUUGAUCUUUUACAGUUGUAAAUAGGUCUAACCAGAAACAGUUUCUAGCCUUUGCCAUAUAAUGUAGAUGUAUUCCAGUGUUUCUUCAACAAAAAGUUUCUUAUGGUUUUCUGUAUGUACAGUUGAAAAAUCUAUGAUCCCUGUGCAACUGUCUUUGGUAACUGUUAAUGAAAUCUACAUUUUAUCUGUUUUAUCUUUUGUUUUGUUUUAAUCUUUGACCUAACCUUUUACAAGAGCUACUAAUAAUUUCUAAGAUUUUCCCUGUUUCUUUUCCCUACUUUCCCUUUUUUCAUAACUGAUGAUUAUAGUAACUGGAAGGUGAGAUACAAAGGCUGACUAUUAUUUAAAAUGACAGUCUCUUUAGUCGCUAAGUCACAUGUUUGUAUUUAGCUGCAGUUAAUAAGCUUUAACAGUUUCUUUUUUAAAAGAUUUACACAAUUGUCAAAAUCUAAUUUUCAUGUUUUUGAUAGUGCUCCACUUGGACAAUUUUAGUAACCAAAACUUCUGUAGAUAAAACUAUGUAAGCAAAGUAUUAAUGUAUUUAGAAUGGAAUUCUUCAGUGCUAGUAUUUUAAUUGGAAUGGGUACACUGUACAUUCUUAGUAGUCUUUAUUCUUAGAAUUCAUUUCUCUGACUAUCACCAAACUGAGUUGGUGAGAUAGUCGUAGGAUUUUAGGAAAUAGGAAGAUUAGCUGAUAAUAUUUCGAUUCCAUGCUGCCAGGCAUUGGCUGACAUGAGGACCAGGUGGUAUUCCCUGUAUUCCAGUAGUAUAGGUAGAUUCCGAGGUUGACUGUUUCUAUUUUACUUCCAAAUAUGUGCUGAAGGUGUCUCUUUUUCUAAAGUUUUUGAUACUUUAAGUUACUAACUGUAAAAGUAAAGACUUGCAUUGUAUACAGUACCUCAAAUUUGAGAAAUUUUUGUGUUGAUGUAAAUAAGUAAAAGGCAGUUCACAAUAGUGCAGUAUAAUACUGGAGACCAAUUUUAUCAGACAUUGUAAAUAUCAGGUUUAAACAAAAGAGAAGGGAAAGACUGAUUGCUGGAAUGUUAAGUGAAAGAAAUUUUUAAAAGCAACAGGGCAGGGAAAGGGAAAUCACCAGAUACCCAGAGAAAUCCCUGAGCCAAGAAAGCUAUAGUGAAUUGUUAUAGUGAAUUGUUUAAAAUUAUUAUUAAGUGGCUACCAUCCUUUAUCACUAAAUUUAUUCAUUAUCUGCUAUUGGGAAAUUGUCCACAUCCAUCCAUAAUGAAGGACCAGAAAGUAGGAGAUUUUCUUACAGCCAACCUUACUCUUCCUAACGGGAGAAAGUAAUACCUCAUUAACUUGGAAUUUGUGGUACAGCAGGUAGCCUUGGUUAAUGUUUACCUUUUCAGUAUGUAAAGAAGAAAAAGCAAAUAGUGCAAAUAAAGUUUGAUGUUUUAAAAGCAUUUUAGCAAUAGCUAAUUAUAUAAAAAGUUAAUGAUUAUUAUUCCUAAAUCUUUAUAAGGCCCCUGUUGAUAAAACUUUUAUUCGUUAUAGUGUGUAUAAAAUAGGUUACAUUUAGUUAGAAAUACCUAAUUUUUAUCUAAAUGAUCUCUGUUCUCAUCCAAAGUAGAGAUUUUAUUUCGUCAGUAAAAAUGUUACUCCCCAUUUAGUCUAAAGUAGUGGGCUUUUAAGUUGUGCUGGGUGUUUAACAGCAGUAAGGGCUAUUUAGGUUUUUAGGCAACAUGCUCUGUAAUGCAUAGUUCUGCUUACCUCUGUAUAGGAAAAAGUACUUGACCUUCCCUGUUGCUAUAUUAAGCACUAUACUUUAUAUAACAUUAAUGAACUUAAUAGCAUGCAGUUUUGUAUUUUCAUUAUAGUCCUGAUUUUUUUAAAGGUAGCAGUGUCUUCAGUUGUGGUCAGAAAGUAUGUGCCUUAAAUCCUCCACUCUAGACCCCAGAGUUUUGGGGAACUACAAAGGUACUUCAAAAAGUUUGUGGAAAAGUAGAAUUAAAAGAUAAAACUAAUCUUUCCAUGAACUUUUUGAAUACCUUCAUAUUUCAUUUAAUAAGUUGUCUGUGACAGCCUUGUGACCUUUUGCAUUUGACUUAAGAGAGAAAGACUGUGAUCCCGAGAGAAUCCUUCCCUUAAAACAUGAGUCAAGGGCUUCUGGGGAGGGAACCUCAGUCAUGCAUUCUAUCACAGAGGUCAAAGCUGUAAGGAUCCAGGUACCCUGAAAUAAAAUCAGUAAAAGUACAUAGAAGGUACUUCACAAAGUUGAUGGAAAAAUAGAAUUAAAAGAUAAUAUGACUCCAUGAACUAUUUGAAGUAACCUCAUAUUCUCUUAUAUAUUAUUUUAUUUAAAAAAUUAUGUCUGAUGCCAAGAAAGAAUGACAGCAGUUUCUAACCAAUUUUAUAUUUACAGCAUCAUAUGAAGAUAUUGUUACUGUGAGGCCUAACAUUUUGCCACUGGUUUUCUUUGUAAUAUAGGUUGAAAGGGGGGGUAUGUUUUAAUACUUUUGCAUAUAAAUAUCUUCCUUUGUUUUCUCCUUGGUCUAUAUUUACCAAGAAUUGAUGUAAAAAAUAAUAAUAACAGCUCACUAACAGACAUUAUGCAUUAUUGAACACUCACAGGGUAAUAUUGAUUUAGGUGCUACGAGACUUUUACCUAGCACUGGUUAGUUUUAAUAAUUCAUGUAAGGACAAUAUUCAAUCUAGUAAAUUUUAAAAUCUAUUAGUUUAAUGAAGUUUAUUUAUAUAGUGUCAUACCAGAAAGCCAUGGUGGAAAGACCAUCUGCAUUCACCAGAACUUACUUUGUUCCUUUGGCUGUGAAUAAAUUGGAUAAGACUGUAAGACUUUUAUUCUAAAUCCCAUCUAGGGGAGGAGACUGGUAAAAUUGGCAUUCCUAUUGCUGGCAUUGCAAAAACAUUACUAAAUUGGUUAAUUCCAUCUACACCUUUUGUUUAAGAGAAUCCUUUCGCUAACUUAAAUGGUUAACACUGAUGCAUCAUUUGAGAAAGAAUAUUAAUCUCAGCAGCCACUUUAUAACAAUCAUGUGGAGACUUGUGUGCCUGCAGUUAAGGUUUGUUGUACUUCUGAGCCCUCUUUGUAUUCAUGAGAAACAAAAACAUAAUUGGGAGAAGAUUUUAGAAUAACCAGUAUUUUAACUUUUCAUAAAGUUUGGGGUUCAGAAUAUCACAGAGGAUACUGAGAAUAUAUUGGCUUUUUCUUAGGUCAAAUUAUUUUUUAUGAUCUUAUUUCUUAAUUUUCUGUAUUCAAAAUCUUGUGGAUUAGGAAUAUCUACUAUAGAUAUACAGAUAAUUAAAACUUAAUGGUAAAGUAAAUGUAAUUCAGCAGUGUGAUUCAACAGUUCUUAUUUUCAGGACAAGAUAUUAUUUAUUAAAUUUAUAUAUUAUCUGGUAAUGGUAAGUGCCCUAAAAAGAAUAUUUAAGCUACUUCAAUUCUAGUACCUCUUUCACUGCCUCCCCCCUACCACCCAAGACAUACAAAAGAAUGUGACCUUAUGUUAACCAACCCUCUGUAUGAAUUUUGCCUUAUCAAACAAUUGUGCCUUGUUUUAUUAAAAGUGUUUUGUUGGAAUCUAAUUCUAUGUUCUGGAAAAGUAACAGUAUUUUAGUCUUAAUAGACAAGCAUUUACUUUUUUAAAAAAUCUAAAAUUCUUAUAA